AUGAUUUGUUUUUUUUUUCCUAUUCGGUUUUUAACUGCAGUUGAUGAAGUGUUGGCAACUCUUUAUGACCUGAUAAAAGCAGCGGCAGAAAGUUCCGAGCAGACGGUUCAACCUGAGCAGAAGAAAGAUCACAGUCAACAAAACAUCACACCUGGCAAAUUCCCCACGGGGUCUCCGCCCUGUCAGACCUCUUGCUUUAGACCGCCAACUUUCAAUUUGGUAUGGAAGACAGCCAGAAGGCCUUUCACCGAUGUGUCAUUCAUCCUGUGUCUUCUCCAGUCUUGCGGUGGUAGCACUGAGUGGAAACUGAGGCCCAUCCAGGUGAGAGAAAUCGAGGCAAGCAAUUCGGAAGCACAACCUGCAGCUGCAGUACAAAGAAAUGCAAAUGUAGUGGUCGCAGAGGCGGCACCACCACCACCACCACGAUCUGUGCCGCCACCAAGACCCCCACCACCACCUCUUACUACACCCUCAAAAGGUUUGCUUACAUCACCGCCGCCGCUGCCACCAGUCAAAGGAGGUGCUCCACCGCCUCCUCCUCCACGAACUACAACAACAUCAUCAUACACCAAGAAAGCAACCACUAGGUUGAGAAGAUCAGCUCAAUUUUCCAGCCUUUAUCGGUUGUUGAAAGUGAAGAUGGAGGGGUCAAAUCUAGAGGGUAAAUCCAACAGUGGAAGAAAACAUCAUGCUCGGGUUUCUUCCGGCGGAAAGCAAGGGAUGGCUGAUGCAUUAGCAGAGAUGACAAAGAGAUCGGAUUACUUCCAAAAGAUCGAGACAGACGUACAAACACAUGGAAAAACGAUCAUGGACUUGAAAGCUAAGAUAAAUUCCUUUCACACCAAGGACAUGGUCGAGCUUUUCAAGUUCCACAACUUCGUUGAAUCACAUCUCAAUAGCUUAACAGAUGAAACACAGGUUUUAGCAAAGUUUGAAGGUUUUCCUGUGAAGAAGCUGGAAGCUUUAAGAGCAGCAGCUGCUCUGUACUCGAAACUUGAGGUGAUUGCCAUUCGCUUGCAGAACUGGGAGAUUGUGCCUCCACUUGGCAAGCUCCUUGACCAGAUUGAGAACUACUUCAGCAAGAUGAAGCGAGAGGUUGACAUGCUCGAACAAAUAAAGGAAGAAGAGUCCAAGAAGUUUCAGAGAUACAAUGUUGAAUUCGACUUCAAUAUCCUUGUAAGAAUCAAGGAAUCAAUGGUUGAUGUUUCUUCGAGGUGCAUGGAGUUGGUACUUGAGGAAAGAAGAGAAGCAAAGGAGAAAGAGAAAGAGGACACCACAGCGAGAUUGGGAAGGCAAAGAGAUGAUAACAACAAGAUGCUUUGGAGGGCUUUUCAAUUGGCUUUCCGGGUGUACUCGUUCGCCGGUGGCCAUGACGACCGUGCAGACAAACUCAGCAAAGAAUUAGCUCAAGAAAUCGAGACCGGUGCCUAGCAUCAUCAAAUCCCACAUUUCUCUAACUUGCCGUUUUAACCAUGCAUUAUUUUGAAGCGCCUCUUACUAAUUCUGUUGAUGAUCACUUGACAGUGGACAGAUAGGACACAAGUACAGCUGAGAACAAAGGGAGAAAGUAAUCUUAUUCCAUCGGAUACACAACGUGCCACCCAUCCGAGUUGAGACAUUUUGAUGGACUAC